AUGAAAGGCGUCAGCAGAUUUGGAAGAGUGAGCAAACUCAGUCCAAGAUAUAUCGGACCUUUUGAGAUCAUCGAAAGGAUUAAAAAUUCUGCUUAUAGGUUAUUAUUGUCUGAUCAGAUGUCUAAUAUACAUAAUGUGUUUCACCUAUCCUCUUUGAGAAAGUGGAUAUCUAAUUCUGGAAAGAAACUUUCUGCUGAUGAUGUGGAGAUUCAGGAAAAUCUACAGUACAAGAAAGAGCCUAAAAAUAUUUUGGCUUAUGAUGUACGGAAGUUAAGAAGUAAACAGAUUCCGAUGGUUAAGAUUCAGUGGAAACAUAGAACAGCAAAAGAAGCUACUUGGGAGGAGUCAGAUAUGAGACAGUUGUAUCCGAGCUUGUUCUGA